CCAGAAAAUUUCAAUGAGGAAGAGUUUUUUAAGAAAAUGGGCGAACAAAGUGAACCUGAGCUGCCACGCGUACCCGAGGGCGAUGUGCAUUUGAAACAUAUAGCCACUGUUGACGGCGAAGAGGUGGAAGACUCCAUUGAACGUGGAAAGAGAAAGUUGGAAGUGGAGAAAGUACAGCGGAAAAAUCGAAAAGAAACUAGAAACGAAAUGAAACCAUUGCGCCUCCUACCAACCGAGUUCUACGAGGCACUCCCGACACCAAUCGAUGAUCAAAUGAAACGCACAAAGGGCAACAACUGGAAUGCGUUAUUAUUUCCCGAGCCUUUUUCAAAAAAGGAAACAAAAACCAACACCCUUGAUGAAGCUUCAGUAAGCAAAGAUGCUGAUGCCGAUGUUGAGAAGGUCGGUGCAACGCAAUUCCAAACUGGCGGUCAAUUGGCAGAAGACUUUCUGCUCGCCCAAGAAGAACUUGCGCGCUCUUUCCUGCACGAGAAUGAAGAAAAGGCAAAGGUAGAACACACAAAUGAUAAAAUUAUCGAAACAAAUGCGGAAAGUGAGGAUGAAAUGCUGGAAAAAAUCAAAUCGUUACGCACCAAGUACAUUGACUACUUGGCGGAGAACUUGGAGAACUACUUCAAUGAGCGCGGCGCAGAGGGCGAUAUCGAUGCAAAGAUUGGUGAGCCGACCACAGAAGCGCCUUGGUGGAAUUUGAGCUCACUGCGUAAGCGACGUUCGCCACGUGCAUUGCGUAAUCGGUUGUCCGAAGAUGAUUGGAUUUCGAAUAUGAUCACCAAGGAUGAGGACCUGGAGCCUUUGGGUAGCACAGCGCCCGAACAGCUGAUGGGAUACGAGCGAAAGGCGCCACGUAGAUUACAAACGGACGAGGAAAAGCACAAAGGCAAGCCGAACGCAUAUCUGAGAACAAUGAAGAGUAAAGUAGGUAGGCUGGUUGAAAUAGUAACGCAACAUGUGAACGAGUGGUACAAUACAAUUACGAAGCCCGUAGGGGAUACAAAUGGUGCGGAUAGCAACAGACUACGAGUGGCGAGAGGCAAGAGAAGAAACUGAGCUGCAAUUGAGAGUGAUUAAACCAAAUGGGAGGCCAUUGCGGUAUUUUCUUUGAAGCAAUCAA